AUGUUGAACCUCCUCCUUCCCUUGGCUGUGGCGGGCGGCACGUUUGCCCAGCAGAUCUAUGUCCCGACCAGCGGCACCGUCCCCCGUCCUCAAUGUAGCUCGACCGCGGACUCUGCGCUCUAUGCCACGGCCAGCCCAACAUACGCGUUCUCUUCCUUCUCUUUUACUCAGACAGAGACAGUCAGGACAGCAACUUCACGAGAGCCAUCGGCAACCACGGCCACAUAUGCUCCGCCCUACGACUCCCUCAGCCAUCUGUUGCCCAACCUGUCAACCACAACAUGGGGCAACUGGGACCCGGAUGCCACUGCCUCCCCGACAGACACCGAGGAUCCCUAUGGCCAGGCGGCAUGGUCUGCGCUGUGGGAGCGUGCGUCGCUGGCUAAUUUCACAACAAGAGGAAUCUACUCAACAACAGUCUCGCCAACUCCGGUGCCGACAAGCGAGCUGAUUUUCCCUCCUCCGGACUAUUUCACGCCUCAGGAUUGUUACUACUUUCCAGAGGGAUUCAUGUUCGGAGUCGCAGGCUCUGCCGCACAGAUCGAGGGCGCUAUUGCUGAUGAGGGCCGAAGCCCGACGAUCAUGGAACUCAUCUCGCCGUCCACGCCCGAUUAUGUGGCCAAUGAGAACUACUACCUUUACAAGCAAGACAUCGAGCGUUUGGCCUCGAUAGGAGUGCAGUAUUACUCCUUCUCCAUCCCAUGGAGCCGGAUCAUGCCGUUCGUCCUCGAGGGCUCUCCCGUCAACAAGCAAGGCCUCGACCAUUACGAAGAUCUGAUCAACUUUGUGCUGGAAAAGGGCAUGCAACCACUGAUAACUUUAAUCCACUUCGACACUCCGCUCAACUUCGUCGCGAAUCCGUCCGAGAUCUCUGGGUCACUGGGCGGCUUUCCGGGGUCCUAUGAAAACACGACGUUCGAGGACGCCUUCGUGCACUACGGCAAGGUGCUCAUGACGCACUUCGCCGACCGCGUCCCAGUCUGGUUCACGUACAACGAGCCGUUCCUGUCGAGCACCAACGGCAAGAGCUUCGACACCGUGAUCAAGUCGCACGCCCGCCUGGCGCACUUCUACCGCGACGAGCUGAACGGCACCGGCCAGGUCGCGCUCAAGUUCAACAACAACUUCGGCGUGCCGCGCGACCCCGGCAACCAGGCCGACCUCGACGCCGCCAACCACUUCAACGACCUGCAGAUCGCGACCUACGGCAACCCGCUCUUCCUGGGCAGGGACUACCCGGAGGCCUUCAAGCUGACGUUCCCGGACUACGUGCCCCUCACCGACGAGGACCUCGAGUACAUCAACGGCACGGCCGACUUCGUCGGGAUCGACCCCUACACCGCGACGGUCGUCUCGCCGCCCAGCCACGGCAUCGAGGCGUGCGCGGGCAACGCCUCGGACCCGCUGUACCCGCUCUGCGUGGAACAGUCGACGCUGACCACCACGGGCUGGAACAUCGGCUACCGCUCCGAGUCCUACGUGUACAUCACGCCAAAGUACCUGCGGAGCUACCUCAACUGGCUGUGGAACACGUUCCGCUACCCGAUCGUCCUCACCGAGUUUGGGUUCCCCGAGUUCGGCGAGUCUACAAAGAAGGACCUCUCGGACCAGCUGUUCGACUCGGCCCGCAGCAACUACUACAUGAGCUACAUGAGCGAGGUGCUCAAGGCCAUCUGGGAGGAUGGUGUUAAUGUGGCGGGGGCCUUUGCGUGGAGCUUCAUGGACAAUUGGGAGUUUGGCAGUUAUGACCAGCAGUUUGGGAUCCAGACUGUCAACAGGACGACCCAGGAGAGGAGAUUCAAGAAAAGCUUCUUUGACUUGGUGGAUUUUGUUGCUGCGAGGACGCAGUAG